CGAGAAAGUUGAUAUAAUCUAAUUACAAAAGACUAAUUGUGUAUAUCAAAAUAUAUUACUUAAUUCAUUAAGGAAUCUGUUGGACGGCAUAAUAUGAUACUAAUUAACGCCGACUCCACCAUUUAUUCCUAAUAUUAGUUACUAUAAAUAACCUCGGCGUUGGCAGCAGAUAGUGCUGAGUUGUAGGCGCAUAUAACUAGUCGAGGGAUUUACGUGUUGGACGUAUCAGACUGCAGUAGUGUGAUUUCUGGUGGAACAUUCAGUUAAGUUCCAAGAUGGACAGUCCUCAUAUUAAAGAUAAUAGUGAUGGAACUAUUACAGUGGAAUACCAACCUAAAUCAGUAGGGAAACAUGAAGUCCAGAUGGAAUAUAAUGGUGCCAGCGUUAAUGGUAGUCCAUUUCAAUGUAUAGUAGAUUCUGUUGGUGGUGGGUAUGUGACUGCUUUUGGUAAAGGUCUGCAGGGAGGUGGUAGUGGAGAAGUUGUAGAGUUUACAGUUGUUGCUCAACAAGGUCACGCUAGAGAUUUACAAGUAGUCAUUGAUGGACCUGGUAAAGUUGAUUUAAAUAGAAAAGACAAUGCUGAUGGUUCAAUUGAUUUCAACUUUAUGCCUAUGACACCUGGUGCCUAUAAUCUUAAUAUUAAAUAUAAUGGUAAACAUAUCAAAGGUUCACCCUUCACUACCAAGAUAUCAGGUGCUGGUAGAAAGCGUUCUCAACUUUCAUUAAGUAAUAGCAGUGAAUAUAAUCUAAAAAUAGUCGAAUCUAAUGUAGUUAAUUUGGUUGGUUCAUUAAAAACACCAGAAGGCUCAGUUGAACCUGUUAUCUUAAAGAAACUGGGUGACGGUGAAUUGGGAAUUGCUUCAUUUAGCCCCAAAUCGAAGGGAAAAUAUCAGCUCAAUGUGUAUCAAGAUGAACACGCAAUCAAAGGAAGCCCCUUCUCAAUCCAAGUUGGUGAUAAUGAAAUAGCUCAUGCUGCCAAGGUCCAUGUAACUGGUGCUACAACAAGCUGUGUUGCUAAUGAUACAAAUGAUUUGAAAAUUGAUACUACAAACGCUGGCUAUGGUAGUUUAAGUGUGGCAAUUGAAGGACCUCAUAGAUCUGAAAUAGAUUGUCUUGAAGCUAAAGAUAGAAAGUAUGAUGUACAUUACAGUCCCCAUGAACCAGGAAUAUACAUUUUAAAUAUAAGAUAUGCUGAUGACCAUGUCCCAGGAAGUCCAUUUUUAUUGGAAGCUAAAGGCAAUCCUUCAGGAAGGAUAAGAGAAACAGUUACCAAGGUAAUGGAAGCAUGUGAUGCUUCUCAACCUGGCAAAGAUAAUACUUUUAUCCUAAAGAUACCAGGAACAAAUCCCUUUGAUAUGGAAGCUGCAAUCACCAACCCAGAUGGUGCCACUGAAUUAUGUGACGUUGUUGAUGAAGAAGAUUUCCAUUACUUGAUUCACUUUAAACCAGCUAUCUCUGGUGUUCAUAUUCUGAGUGUCAAACACAAGGGUCUUCAUAUCGCAGGGAGUCCUUUCCCUUAUUCUGUCGGCCAGUUGUCACAGGGAGGCUUCCAUAAGGUACAGGCAGGUGGACCUGGUUUGGAACGAGGUGAAGUUGGAAUAUCAAACGACUUCAAUAUUUAUACUCGAGAAGCUGGUCCUGGUUCUCUUACAAUCUCUAUUGAGGGACCUUCCAAAUGUACUAUUAAAUUGGAAGAGAGACAAAAUGGUUCCCUGGGAUGCAGUUAUUUCUGUAAAAAUGCAGGAAGAUAUGGUGUUCAUAUUAAAUUUGAUGAUCAUCAUAUACCAAAUUCACCUUUUAUCGUUAAUGUUGCACCUGACAGCGGUGAAGCCAAGAGUGUUUCAGUCCAAUCAUUGAAAGAUAGAGGUUUACAAGUUGACAAACCAAAUACAUUUGCUGUGCAUUUGAACGGAGCUUCUGGUACUCUCCACGGUACUAUCAGAUCGCCUACUGGUGGACAUGAAGAUUGUUUCAUCCAAGAAAUGGACAGAGGAGUUUAUGCUGUUCGAUUUAUACCAAAAGAGAAUGGUGUUCACUAUAUUGAUAUUCUCUUGAAUGAUGCCCAUAUUCCUGACAGUCCAUUUGCUAUAAUGGUUGGUCAUGUUGGAGCUGACCCUGCUUUAGUUACUGCUACUGGACAAGGUUUAGAAACUGGAAAAUGUGGUUCCAAGAACAAGUUUGUUGUAAAGACAGCUGGUGCUGGAACUGGUAUUUUAACUGUAAUGGUAGAAGGUCCUUCUAAAUCAGCCAUAAGUUGUAAAGAAUUAGAUGAAGGUUACGAAUUCUCGUACACGCCGUUUUCAGUUGGCAAAUAUCUUAUCACCAUCAAAUAUGGUAAUAUACCUAUUGCUGGCAGUCCUUAUCAAUCAGAGAUUACAGGUACCGGACGCAAGCCAGCACCAAUAACUGAACAAUCUACUAUGAUUGUGGAAACAGUUGAUAAGAAAGCUGGUGCUGGAAGUAAGAAGGUGUUUAGAGGUGAUGCCAGUAAGGUCACUGUUCGUGGACCUGGUUUGAAGAAAGCUUUCAACAACAAACAACAGAAAAUUACUAUAGAUGUCAAGGAAGCUGGUCUUGCAUUACUGACAUGUGGUAUGAUCAGUCCAUCAGGUCAUCCAGAAGGUGAACUAUUCCUCAAGAAGAUGACAAAUACAACCUAUGAAUUAUUAUAUAAAGUAGUAGAAGCUGGUGAACAUACAUUAUAUAUAAGAUAUGGUGAGGAUGACAUUCCUGGCAGUCCCUUUUCAUUGAGCACCUAAAUUAUCUUUUUCUCUUUCAAAUAUACCAACGACAGUUUUAAUUAUUAUCAACGAAUUUUUCAUAAUUUAUCAAUAAUAUUUUCUAGUCUAUCAUACUUCGAUAUUGUCUCGUUGAAAACCUAUAUUAAUCUCUGAUGUUGCAAUGCCAGUAUUAUCACGCUAAAUAUCAAAAGGUUUAGUUUUGGACACUGUAAACAGCAUGGCUGAAUAUACACAAUGGAAAUGUCAGUAUUUCUGUUAAAUACUAAGUAACAGUUGUGUGAUUUUUCUAUAAUAUUCAAUACUAAUGAUAUACUAUGGCUAAUGUAUUGUAAACGAAGAAUUAUACUAAUUGUGACAAGUAGACAUUUGUUGCAAAUGGUCAUUGUACAUUUUACAAUACCAACAGUCUACGUUGUUUAGAACUUUGAAUCCAAAUAUUUUUUUAUUUGUUAAUUAUUUAUUCAUCAACUGGAACUCAUAUAUUCUAAAAGAAAGGAGUCACAUAUAGCUGUUUUCCACAAACCUUUACGUUAAUAUUAGGAUAUUGAAGUUUACAUUCUCUACUUUUGUGUAUUAUCAGUAUUUCUUUUCUACUUUCCCAGUAUUAUAAACCGACCUUAUUCCCUUGUAGUUUUUCAGAUAUAAAUUGUAAUGCCUGGCUAUAUUGAUAUUUCAGUGGUGUCGCGUAAUAUAAUAGUGUUGAUUAUUCUAAAUCGGUUUAAUGUGAUAUUAUAGGGUUGUUGUGUGAAAUAAAUGUCAGAUUCUCUAUU